AAAUUUUAUUGAAGUCCACGUUGAUCAAACAAACUUAAAACGCAGUUUCUAUAAAGUUCAUGUUAUAUUUGUUAGGCUGGUUAUAGGUUUUCGGUAUUGCGUUUGAUUGUGGAGUUUGAAAGCAUGGCAAAUUCCUUUGAUAAGUUGAAGGAAUUAAACUUGUCUUGUGAUGAAAUAGAACGUAUUGGUGAUGCUUUGAAAAAACCGGAAUUUAGAAAAUUGUUGUCUGAAUACUUCAAAGAAGUCCAAGACCCUAACAAUAGGAAGCUUUAUGAAGAAGAACUGACUGAAUUGGAGAAAGAAAGAGGAAAUGACAUAACUUUUAUACAUCCAAAGCCAGGUUAUGUCAUAAAAACCAGUGUGAAUGGCAGUCAGAAAGCAUUCAUUAAUAUUUCUAUUAAUGAACAUGUAACAAAACCGACUUCUUCACCUGCAGUGCAGCAUGGAGAAAGAGGACUCCAUUGGUCUUUGCCCUAUUCUUUGUCACAACCAAGAGAAGAUUUUGAUAAAAAUCGAGUACCAUGCAUGGUUUAUGAUGUUGUGUUUCACCCAGAUACUAUACACUUAGCAAAAAAUAAUAAUGCAUUUCAUGACACUGUCAACAACACUGCACUGGAUGCUAUUGAAUCUAGCUUUGGUGUGAUAUUGGAUAAAAAAAAUCUCAAGUUUCCCAAAUUAGCCUAUAAGGGUGUUCCAAAUGCUAGUGUCAUCCGAAAACCUUCAAAGCAGAAACCAGAACAUACCCCAGAAGAGAAAGCAUUUUUUGAUGAACUCUUUGCAAAAGCCCCAUCGAAUAUCCCUUUUCCUGUGAAAAAGGACAAGAAACCUAAACAGGAUGAUAAGUCUGAUUAUACCAGACCCAAUUUUGUAAUCAAACAGAGGAAUUAUGUUGAUAUGCAAGAAUGUGUAGAUCACAAAGAAGCAAAGCUCAAUUCAACAAUACCACAUGAGCUCAUAGUAGAAAUUCAAUUGCCUCUUUUGAAGUCAUCAAAAAAUGUGAAAUUAGAUGUUGCAGAAAAAACAAUACAGCUCAUCUGUGAAUCACCUGUCAAGUAUAAAUUAAAUUUAACUCUACCUUAUUCUGUGAAUGAAUCUUCUGGUAAUGCUGAAUUUCGUAAAGAUCAUAAAAAAAUGGUGAUAACUCUCCCAGUGAAACGCUCAGUUCAACACAAUGUCAGUGAUAGUAGUGUAAGGAAGUGUGAAGAAGUGUCUAAACAAUUUUCUGAAGUGAAAAGUCCCGUUAGAAUUGAAGAAUUUGAAAAGUUGUCUUUGAUAGAAACCAGUGAAAAGAGUAUUGACAAUUCAUCAGAGUUCAGGACUAAGUUUCUUGAUGAAAAUCUCCACUAUGAUAUCCCGGAAUUUUCUUGUCAUGUUUUCAAUAACAUUAUAGCAUUCACAUUGAAUGUGAAGAAUGUAGAUGAAAAAUCCAUAGACAAAGUAGUUUUCAAUGAUGAUACUUCCUUUCAUGUUAAAUUCACCAGCAUCAGUUCAAGUUUCUAUCCAAGUCAUUUUGCCUUUUGUGUGAAACUUCCAUCAUACAAAAUCAACAAAGAAGAUCUGUCUGUGGAAGUGUGGGAUAACAAUGUGAUCUUACAAGUACCUGUCCAUUCUACAUUGAGCCCAAUUGAUAAAGGUAAUAAAUUAACAUCUUAUUUCUAUGGCUUGAACAGCGAUAGCUUGACAGAAAAGUAUGUGGAAGAACCAGAAUUCAUCAACCACAUACUACAAGGAGAACAAGAAAAAUAUGAUAAUCCUUGCGAAACACAGCCACUAGAGUCGUAUAAAGAGUCAACCAAAAGAAAAAAAGAAAGCACCCCGAAACCAAACAGAAAGAAUCAAGAUAACCCACCACAGUCAUAUAAAGAGCCAACCGAAAGGAAACAAGAAAACACCCCGAAACUAAACAAAAACAAUCCUGAUCCCGUCAAAACCGACGCGAUUGAAGAAUCUCGAAUAACAAAGGCCAUCAAUAUAAUGGGUGCUCCCUCCGGAAAUUCCUACGAGUCCAGCAGCGAUGAAUUGUCUUGCAGCAGCUUCAGUCCUCGGAAAAGAAGCAUCCUCAAGCGGAUGCCGUCGCAGAGAACGAGCGUUCGUCGGUGCGUGUCCGAGUCCGGGUUGGACGAUUACGUGGCAUCCUCCUUGGAGAAUUGCCUGUCCAGUCUGGAUUCGGUGAUACCGGAAGACGGGGAGAUUUCCUGCAGCCUCAAGAAGACCGUGAGGUUCAACGAUGUCGUUAUGCGGCAACUGUUCAGGUCUAAUUCCAGUAUAUUGGGACAGAAGAAGAAAAAUCAGCGAAAAGCGAAAAACAAAAAGAGGUGCAUGGAAAGACGCCACAGCGAGAGCGAAACUUCGGGCGAUGAGAAGAAGGAGAAUAGCAAGAAAGGAUGCAACGACUUGAAUUUAGAAGAGGGGAUAUCGGAAAUGAAGAAAGAAGAGCCCCAUGACAUUUUCCAUCUAGAAGUCGAUAAUUGAAAGUGCAUUUUUGAGAUUAGGUGUGCAAGAGCACUAGUACUAUUUGCUUUGUGAGUUGUAUAAGUAUUUGUAGUCUUUAUUGGAUGAAUAUAUUGUUUUUCUCUAA